UUUAAUCUGUGGUAGUGCUAAAUCAUCCUACAUUAUUUUCCCUGGACUAGUAUGUAUGUACAAUGGCACAAAAAUAUAUACUUACAUAAUAUAAAACAAAGUCUCUUCCCGCUGUCUGUCUGUCCCUAGAUCUUUAAAACUACGCAACGGAUUUGGAAACGGCUAUUUCAAAAUAAAAGUCUAUAAGUUUAUCGUGUAUAAUAUUGCAUCCGAGGGAAGCGAGGGCGGGUCGCUAGUGAAUUUAUAAAAAAGUCAGCCCUCAUGUCGAUUGAAAAAUACAAAUAAUCAAGAUUAAAAAGGUUAUCUGAAACUUUUAUUAAAAGCCGAUGCGUAGCCACCUAUUUUCCCUCUUAUUCAUAAAAAGGUAUGUUUUGUCUCGUUCUGUCAAUAUUAAAUAUUGUGAAGUGUGAAGUGACGAAAAAAAUAUUCAACGAGAUAAUUUUCAAUCAAUACAAUGGCUAUCAAUAACGUUAUCAUCGAUAGUGUAAUAUCGAUUAACAGGCUUGUUUUAUUUUAAUAGAAUGUAAAAAAUCGGCAUCAAAUGUGUCAAUGUCAAAUGUCAGAACGCUCAGAUUUCAUUUCACUCACAAAAUAGAAAUCUAAUCGCGGAUUAUUUAUUAUUGUAUUCAUUCAAUAAACGAAGUAAUUAAUAUGUGAAUUCUUCAUUACAAUGACUUCUCAACCAGCCCUCGUGAAACUCAAAGGCCCCAUCUUGGACCCAGGGCUAUGCCGUUGCUGCAGAUCAAUAAAAAAAUGCCGAUUUUUGACUUCGGAAUAUGAGUGGACUGGGCGAAAAGAAAUUUAUUCCGACAUGUUCAUGGAUUGUUUUGGUUUAUUACUAUCACACCUGGACGGAGACAGCAAGGAGUGUUGUAUCUGUGCCACGUGCGUGUCCAGACUCCGCGACGCGUGCGCAUUCAGGCAGCAGGUGCUUGCGUGUGAAGACGUGUUCUUACGCUCCAAGCUUGAUAUUAAAGAUGCAGAUCUCGACGCAGAUCUGGAGGUGGACCGCAAGCUGGAAGUGAAAGUAAAAGCGGAGCCUUGUGACCCGUCCGACACGCCUGGCGAUUAUACAGCUGACCAUGACUCAGAUAACAAACCGGAAUCGGAUGUGCCUGAGGUCAAAGUGAAGAAGAUGCCGGUGAAGAAGGAGCUGCUGACGAAAAUGAAGAAGUUGCGCCAAAAAUUGGACCACAGACUGGACAACCAAGCCCUAAAAACAAUAAAGAAAGAAAAAUCACUGUCGAAGCAACGACCAAAUAAUAAUGACCGCAUGAUCUAUUCAAACACAGUGACUAUAGUGAAAAACUCUUACGUUUGUCCGUUUCUGAACAGAAUAAGCAACUAUUAUUGUUUCUACUGUAAAGAUCAGUUUACGAACCCCACAGAGUUAAGAGAUCACACAAUAUCACACAAUCCGAAAGACACAUUCGAAUCGAGCAUGGAAAACAAGAAAAUACCAAAAAUCGACAUAACGCGAAUCGAUUGUCGAUUGUGCGAAAUCAAAAUCGACGAUCUGACAACACUGAAGACUCACCUCGCCGACGUCCACGGGAAAAUAAUAUAUCCGAUCGAAAAUGAGUUUUUGAAAUUCAAAUUGACAUUAAACAAUUUGUGCUGCACAGAAUGUGGGAGUGUGUUCCCGUAUUUCGAUUCGUUGAAGAAACACAUGAUUGAUCAUUUCGGAACAUUCGUGUGUGACAUGUGUGGCGCGUGUUUCCUUGAGGCGACAUCUUUAAGAACACACAUAAAGUCGCACAAUAAAGUAGAAGCAAGUUUCCCAUGCGAGGUCUGUGGCAAAAAUCUAAAAAGUAAAUACAGCAGAUAUUUACACAUCGCAACGAUACACGAGAAGAAGCCAACGGUAAACUGUUACAAGUGCGAAGCCAGUUUCCUGUCUCACGCGUUGAGAAACAAACAUUUAAUAGAAGUGCACGGUGAUAAUCGAACGUUCCCAUGUAAAUUGUGUGACAAAGUGUACAAUCGUAGGAAAACGUUAAUGGAACACAACCGUAGGAAUCAUUUGAAAGUGUUUAAGCACCAGUGUGAUUUGUGUGAUCAAAAGUUUUACCUGCCAUCGAGGUUGAAGGAACAUAUGGCCACGCACACCGGUGAGAGGAAUUUCAGAUGUGAAUACUGUGAGAAGACCUAUCCGAGACUGCAGUCGUUGCAGGAACAUAUACGAUCUCACGGUGAUAGGAAAUAUAAAUGUGAUUUUUGUAAUUCAGCAUUCACACAAAAUGGCAGUUUGAAGAAUCAUAUGAAAAGCCAUCAGCAAGGAUACGAUCUUGAAACUAGCUUUAGUUAAUUUGUAUUAUAAUAGUAAAUUCGUACCCUUCUUGUCUGUAACAUAGCAAACUCCAGGAGUGCCGCUUGCGCUGGUACGGCCACGUCUUGCGUAUACCGAAAAAUUACAUAGGGAACAAAUGUCUGGCUGUGCCACUCCCUGCAGAAGGGGCAAAUCCCAAGAAAUGAUAUCGUCAAAGAUGAUAUGCGUGACAAUGGUCUGACAACUAGAGAUGCCGACGACCGUGUGAAGUUGAGACGGAAUUGUAGGAAAUCGGAUCCUAGGCUCCUACACUCAACGGCUAAGGAAGAAACUGAGAACACACUCAGUUGAGAGUAGAAAAUAAAUUAAUGAAGACGCCAAGUUCUCAAACAAUCUUGACCAAUUUAUUUGGUAAUAUAAUGUAAAAUGUAGUUCUUUACGUUUCUUCUACUCUAUGUAGACAGAAUUAAAAAGCUAAAAUCACACGCACAGACCGUAUAAGACAUCUGUAAAAACGAGCACAAAAGAUGGCUCCUUAUUCUAAAUAUUUGUUAUGUAGAUUUGGAUGAUUAGUAAAAACAGGAUUACAUAAAAUUUUAGCCGAUUUUAAAAGUUGUGACAGAAUCUCGAGUGUAAUCUAAUAUUUUAAAGUGUUUUAUUUAAUUACUAGCUAUUGCUCGCGACCCUGAAUGGAAAGUAUGCAUAUUUUAAUGUAAAUAUAUUAUGGGUAAUGAAUUUGACAGUAUUAAAAACUAUCGUACCUAUAAAAGAUAAAAAGUAUUAAUUGAUUUGCAUAAUAUAUUUGACUUAAUAUACACAAAAA